CAAAAGAAUAUAUUUCGGUACACAUUACAUGUAUAUAUAAUAACGAUCUCGCGGUUAGAAUAUCAUUUGUCAACAGUUUGAUGGUAUCCGUCUUCACUCGUCAUAAUUAUGCUCUUUGAGAAGUCGUAAUUAACAAUUGACAAAAAAAACCAAACAGAUAUCGGCGGUAUCUGUAUAAAAUUGUUCAAAAUUUCAGUCCGAUAAAUUUCCGCAUCGAAAUGAUUUGCACAAAGAUUUUUAUAGCACUGGCAGUGACAUUUAUGUUGGUCGAAGUGAGUUAUAAAUGUAGUAAAAUAAUAAUUUUAAAGCUUUAUAAAAAAAUUAAUUAGGAGUAUAGACUUCAACUUACUUGGGUUUGUCAACAGAAAUUGUUGAAUCCAGGUAUACUACAGUAGGGGAAAUAUUUCCUCCCAGGAAUUUUAUUCACUUCCCUGAUCAAUAUAUCUGACAAAAAAUGUGUUUAUUUCAUGUACAAUAUCCGUUACAUUUUACAUAGAAAUGACCCAUGAAAAAAAAUGGCCCACCCCAAGAAAAUUGUCUAAAUUCAACACUGUCGACAGCUGGUGAUCAACAUAACGUAAGACACUUAUUAUCUAUGUAUUAACUUUAUUCGGAAUUCGUUUUUUAGAAUGUUAAGAAAUAAAUUGCUCUAAAAUUUUACAUUCCGGUUAUAUUUUAUCACCCUUAUUUUAUUGGAUGAAACAACUACUUAAGAUUUUCAAAUGGCAACCUUUAUUAAAAAUUCCACAACUAUACGGAGUAUUAGAUUAAAUCACUUGUAAUCUUAACAUUGUAAAUUUCCGUCAACCUGUUGACAAGAUAUUCCACAUUUAAGUUUCUCAACCUCACCAAUCUGAUUUUACACCAGUUACCUUCUUUUCACCGGAUAUAGUGGACUUAAUUUUGAUGUUGAAACGGCACACCCAUGUACUACACCGAAAAUAUAAAUAAUAAUUUUUAUCAAGCCUUUUGUUAAAAUCACGAUAUUCACUCUUAUUUCAGAUCUCCAACAGUUCGGGAAUAUUUGCUCCAACGCACUAUUUCAUUACUAUAGUAUAUUAAAUUUAACUGAUGCUUUAAACCGCACAAUGUAUAUUUAUAUUGCCAUAACAUAACUUGCGCUUCAAAAAGCAACCCAUAUGUUUACAGCCUUUAUAAAGGUAAAAUUUUGAUAAUAUUGUUGGUAAAUAAAACCAUACAGGUGAUAUAUCAGUAUAGAUAUGCCGAUUCUGGCUCAACCAAUAUUUAAUAGAAUUUAAACAGUAAAUUUUUAACAAUAUUUAAUAGAAUUUGAACAGUAAAUUUUUAACAAUAUUUAACAGAAUUUGAACAGUAAAUUUUUAACAGUAUUUAACAGAAAAAAUAACAAAAAUAUUAAUAAAAAACCAGAGAAAUUUUGCCUUUUCGUUUGUGUUGAGUUGUUGUUGUGAAAUUGAAUUGACAUUUUGAGUUUCCUGAGUCCCGAGUCUCAAAAAAUAUACACACAAAAUUAAUAUUCAAUACAUUUAAUACAAAUUUUCGAUACAGAUACCUGUAGUAAGUUCUCUGAAAAAAAUUAAUUUUAUAUAUAUUAUUUAUAUUAAUAUUUUUGUUAUUUUUUCUAUUAAAUAUUGUUAAAAAUUUACUGUUAAAAUUCUGUUAAAUAUUGUUAAAAAUGUACUGUUCAAAUUCUGUUAAAUAUUUUGAGUCAGGUUGAGCCAGAAUCGGCAUUUCUAUACUACUUAUAUCUACCUAAUGACGAAAAAACCAAAAUAAAAUUAACUCAAAAAUCUUCUUACCAAUAUAUUUUAAUUGUAUAAUAUUAUUAUAUAAAAUCGCUUAUAGUCCGUAUCAAAAUAAUUACAAUUAUAAUCACAUUUUUUUUUAUCGAUACGUUGUGAUUUCAAACGUUUUACAAAAGUUUGAUUCAUCGAUUUGAUUAUAAUCCAACCGGAAUCGAACAUUCUACAGUAAUAUAAUGAUUUAAAACGGCGCUGACGUUAUUAUAUUAAUUAACAACGCUGUUUUUUUUUUAAUAGCAGGGUGAUGGCCAACAAGUAGGCGACAGCAAAAAGAAGAAAGGUAUAUUUCAUCACUUCAAUCUGAACAAUGUCGAAAAGCUCGCGAAACUUUCAUCAUUGCCAGAACGCAUAGUUAUAAAGGGGGCCUUCCGUGGGGCCAAAGAGUUACGCGACCUACUUCGUGGUCAUCGAAAGAACACUGUGCCGCCGCAGCUAUUACAGGUAAUGAACUAUAUGUUUGUUUGUUUGUUUCGUUGAUCAGUAAAAUAUUUAUAUUGUGCGCGAAUCAAUUGUAUAAGGCGAUUAGCUUAUGAUGAACUAACGAUUAUUCAUACGAACAUUUUGAGAAGGUGAAUUUCCUUCUUUUUAUUCUUUUUAUUUUCCAUUGUAGACUAUCGUUAAAUGAUCUAGUGUGCAACAGUGAAACGUUUUCAAAACGUUACUCUUUUACCAUAAACAUGCCAUAUCAAUAUUUGAUUUUUAAAAAGCAACUUAAAUGUUUAAAGUCUUUAUAAUGGUGCAUACGGAAUAAUGGUAAAAUCGUGAAAAUAUUAGGGGUAAAUAAAAUCGUUAAACGGUACUGGUAAUAAUGAAAAAAUCAAAAUAAAGUUUACCCAAAAUCUUCUUACUAAUGUAUUAUUAUAUCGAAUCGCUGAUGGUCUGUAUAAACAUAGUUACAUUGCAGCGUCUUUUAAAAAGCACCUUUUUUCUAUCGAUAGUAUUGUGAUUACGGACGUUUUACAAAAUUAUGAUUUAUCGAUUUAAUUAUAAUCGCACCGGAAUCGAACAUUCCACAGUAAUAUAAUGAUUUAAAACGGCGCUGACGUUAUUAUAUUAAUUAACGACGAUGUGUUGGUUUCGGAUAGCAAGGUUAUGGCCAAUACGUGGACAACAGCGGAAAGAAGAAAGGUAUAUCUCGUCACUUCGCCCCGAAAAAUGGUAAAAAGGUCUCGAGAUACGUAACGCAUCCAGGUUCCACGACAGUAAAGGUUAUAAAGGGAAUCAUCCGUCAGGGCAAAAAGUUAUGUCACCGUCGUCCUAAGAACACUGCGCCGCCGCAAUUAUCAUACCCGAUACCACCGGGCGGCCCAAAUUAUAUACCGCCACCACAGUAGCUAAUUAUUUUGUUUUGAUGAGAAAACAGCAACGCUAUGAUGGCUUCGAUUUUUUUGAAAUAGGUAUUUUUAUUUCCGCACUUAACG